GUUUGUGUCACCAUGCAACCAAAGUCCACUCGAGCACCUACGCUUGCGUCAAGGUCGCAGUUCACACUCGUUCACAAACACGAACACACACACACUCCCAGAAAGAGCAACUCACGUAUCUCGCUCAGGCUCGCGACCUGAGUGUGCGCGAGCGAAGGAUGAAGUCAUUUUCCCACUCGUCACGACGAACACAACUCUCAGCCUCGCGACUUGAGCUACACCUGCCUCUUCUUUGUAACGAUCGUGAAGCCCCGGGUCGUCGUCCCAAUUACCCCUUGCCCCUCUCCUUCCCCUCAACAGCAGGCCCAACAUACGAGCAACCCCCACUCUCUUCACCCACAAGUGGACGCCGCCGCCUCUCGUGUUCCUCCUCCUCCUCCUCCUCCUCCUCCUCCUCCUCCUCCUCCUCCUCCUCCUCCUCCUCCUCCCCCUUCGCAACAGCAACAGUGCAUGUAUGAACAUACACCAUGGCACGACGACCAUCCGCAUUCAUGUUUGUUGACGCGGCAAACGAGGAGCAGCUCUUCACCAUCGCCGCAGAUCUGGCGCGGGCCUUUCGCGCCUUGCGCGUGCAAGUCCCACCAAAUGCCGUCUACAAGAUGGCAGAGCUGGUGGUUGUGUCGACGAGCGGCGCGCAUCGCACCUUUCACACCAUGCAGCACCUGCUUGACGGUCUGCCAGAGGACGUUGAGAAGCGCCCACUCUCUUUCAUCGCCGCCAUCUUUCAAGACAUUGUCCAGCUGAGGGCCGAGGGCGGCAUUCCACCGUACCUGCUGCCGUUUCUGCACCGAGCACAAGCGUUCCCGCUGCCUCGCCAGUCUGACGUCGACAAGGACAUGAGGCGAUCGCGGAGCGCCACACCCGUGUACGGCCGGCCUGUCACGGAGCGCGGCUCGCUGUCUGCGCGCGGGUGCAACGGUGGCACGACCUUGCUCACCAGGCAACACAGGUCGUCCUCUGAUGUGUCGUUCGAUGUCGUCGUGCAGCGGCUCGUCAGCAGACCGCAGCUUCUCCCACACCAAGGGCGCCUACAGCACAGACGAAACGCCCUCAGCAGCCCCGAGCACGUCCUCCUCAUGGCUGGUGUCGACAUGCGCCUUGACCGACAGGCAGAGUGGGCGCCUCUAAUCAAGCGCCCACACACGCCCCCGCCCCAACAACAGUCCCGCAAGCACGCACGCGACAGGGGACCAGGUGUGGCAGGUACCUCAUCGCCCGCCAGGAGGGACAGCGGCUCCGCCACAGCUCUCACCGGCGGGAACAGCAGUGCCACCAGCACAUGCACCGCGAGCAGCGGGUGGUUCAGCAACGGCAGCGGCGACGCAUUCGCGCGCGGGCAGCACGUGGCCGGACCACGCGAGCCCAGCACCAGCACCACCACUACCAUCAUCGACUCUCGCAGAAGCUCCCUGGAAACGAGCGCGGGCCGGUUGCCGGUUGUUAGCACGCUUGUGCGCGCUCUAUCGUGGUGGAGCAAUGGCAUCCGCCUGGACCACGAUGACGACAGCGGCAAUGACGGUGAUCACGCCACCGCCAGUGACGAGCCCCGUCAGCACACGAAGGCACCAAUGGCCUCCUGGCCCUCUGUGUCCUCCACGCGCGCGCGUCGUGCCGUGGCCCAGCGGAUCUGCUACACGGUCUUCGGGCGCGAGGUGGGCGACACGCUUGCGUUUGACACCUCCGCGCCUGGCUUGAGCGAGUUUCUCAGCUGCGUCGUGGCCAUGGACGUGCUUGCGCCCUGGCUCAACGAAGCACAGCUCCUGCACGUGUGCGCGUGCAUCCAGGCCUCCAUUCCCUUCCAGCGACCAGAGGCCAAGAUGCGCCUGCUGGACAACUGCACGCGCGUGCUGGCAGACGAGCUGCCCCACUUUGAGGGCAUUCCACGCACAUUCCUCGCUCAGCACGCCAGUCAGGUUGUGCGCAGCGCGUGCCGUAUGGCUGAACGAGGCGUUGCCCAUUACACUGCAAAGGACACGCGUGUCUUUCUUGCUGCCGUGUGGAGGGCGCUGCCGGAGCAGCACGCCGCCCUGCGCUACCCCGAAUCGUACACGCUCGACGACUGGGUGGCGGCGUUGGCGGCGCUGGUGCGCGGGUUUGAGCUCUUGACCGACGAGCCCCUUCGCAUCCUCCCCCACUUCCCCAGCACUCGCUCGCCACACCAUCGGCUGCGGACACCUGCACGUGCACCACCAGCAGCAACACUGACGUCCACGCCGCCAACAACACCACCAGUGCCGACAGCCGCGGUUGGAACGGGUGGUGCAACUACAGCAGCAGUCGCAGCUUCCGUUUCAACAACGAGACCUAGCAGACCUGGUUCCAAGGCGAAUGCUACGAAUGCUACUCCGAACAUCACUGGCAACGACAGGGGCGGAAGAAAAGGCAGCAAGAAGGGCACAAGCGCAUGUGCGCACGCCACAGCACGACGAGCAACAGCAUCACCUGCUCAUCGUCAUGCCAGCGGUGACGGUGAUGACAGUGACGGUGGCGGCGAUGCAGAUGAGAGCUUGCGUGAGUCGCUGCUACGCGCCAACACCAACCUUGAGCGAGGCAGGGCGUAUGUGGCGGCACGGCUGGUGACGGCGUGUGUCAUGCACGCCGUGUUGUGCGACGCAGGCUUUGUUCUCGACGAAACGCCCGUGCGCGUGAUUCUCCCAGGCGGGCUUGGCGGCCACCUCCCACAGCCCGACACAGCGACCGGUGGCGAUGGGGAUGGUGGCGAUUGCAGUGGUGGUAUUGGGAGAAGCGACAGAGCAGCGCCAGCAACCUCGCAUUCCCGAGCCAGCAGCCACAACAGCACCCGCUAUCAUCGCGGUGUGUCGUGUGGCACGCGAACGCCCGUCAACAGAUUGAGUGACGCAGAGGAGGAGCACGUGCGCGCCAGAACGGGCCACGGCGGCGGCGUUGAGAGAGGGGAUGCGCAUGGAAGUGGCGAGGAGGUGUGGUGUGCAGAUGACACGUGGGAGACGAACGACUGUGUGGUGCGGCUGCUGCAAUAUGGGUUUGAGGACAGCUGCCUUGACGGGCGUGACAAGACGGCGUGCGAGGCGUCACUCUGCCUGUUCCGCAUGAUGGUUGGUGGUGGUGGCGCCCGUGGUGGCCACCCCUCAUCGUUUGAGCGCUGCGUGCAACUCAGUCUCUCGUACGCGCGGAAGCGACUGGAUGCACAGCUGUACCUGCGCUGUCUGCCGCUAUCUGUUGUCACCUUUGUGGGCACCCGCAUCCUGCACAGGGCCCUCACAGACGGAAACAUGUGGAUGUACUGAUUGUGCUGAAGAGAGACUGUGUGUGAGUGUGUGAGUGAAUGAGACGCAUAGAGAGAGAAUGUGUGUGUGUGCGUGUGUGUGUGUGUGCGUGUGUGUGUG